AUGAAGAAUCAGAUACUUGAACAAGUUGUUGGAGUUCCAAUGAAAUCAACAUUGUAUCAAAUCGAGAUAACGCCAAGACGAUACUUACCAGACGCUGCUGGCCAGUACCACAUCCCAUCAUCUGCUGAAGGGCAAAGGAAAUUUGAUGAAAAAACGAAGAAAGCUGACACCUUUGCACACGGAGUCCAGGAACAUGUGAGAUUGGGACCAGAGAUCACUGAAACUGUGAAGAGAAAAUUGAGUUUGGGGGCAAGAAUUCUUCAAGUUGGAGGAAUGGAUAAGAUAUUCAAACAAUUAUUUAGUGUCAAAGAAGGAGAGAAGGUGUUGAAGGCAUGCCAAUGCUAUUUAUCAACAACAGCAGGUCCUAUAGCUGGUUUACUUUUCAUCUCAUCUCAAAAAGUUGCCUUUUGCAGUGACAGAGCAAUCAAAAUCCCAUCUCCUAAUGGAGAAUUCCUCGGAGUCCAUUACAAGGUUAUGAUUCCACUUGAGAAAAUAAAGGGGGUUAAUGAGAGCGAAAACAUGAAGAAACCAUCACAAAAGUACACGGAAAUUGCGACGGUAGAUGAUUUCGAGUUCUGGUUUAUGGGGUUCUUGAAUUCCCAUAAAGCUUUCAAAUACCUUCAGCAAGCGAUCUCCUAA